AUGUCAAGGCGAAGGGCAGUCUCUCUGGAGGAGGCGGAGAGCCUUGUAGUCAAAGAGGCACCGUGUGGCCGGGAGGAGGGAGAAGCUGCCCCUCGAGGGCGAAAGGCAGCCCAGAAGAAAUCCGACCCUGAAGCAAAGACUGUGGAGGAAAGGAGAGUCUCCGAAGCUGUUCCCCCGCCGCCCCCUGCCCGGAGGAGCUUCCUGAGGGAGGUCGUGGAAAACCUCAAGCUGCCCAAGAGGAAGAUUUCGGAAGCGUCUCAGCGGGUGAACUGGGUGAGAACCCGGCUGGUAAACGCGAUCCGAAAGAAGACGUGCUUCAGCACUGUUGAGAUAUUAGGCACCGGCAGCUACUACGAGCAGCUCAAGAUAAAUAAACCAGAUGAAUUUGACAUUAUGUUUAAAGUGCCAUCUGCAAGACUUGAGCUGGUGCCCGAGAAUGACAGUGAUUACAAAGGUGCUCAUUAUUUUGUAAAACUGAAAAGGAAUCCUAAAUUAAAGGAACUAGAAGAAUUCGUAGAUGGGGAAUAUCUUUCUGCUUCCAAAAUGCUUUCUGAAAUGAGGACCAUUAUAACAGAUGAAGUAAAGACUAUAAAGGAAAUGAAGGUAACUAUGGAGAGAAAAAAACCUGGAAGUCCAGCAGUUACUCUUCAAAUUGAAGACCCAACCUCCCUUAUAUCAGUAGAUAUCAUUCUUGCUUUGGAAAUGGAGGGUACAACCUUGUGGGACCAUAAAGUGAAUAGACAAGAUAUUAAAAAUUGGCUUGGAAUCCACGAAUAUGACAAGCUACGGAUGCAGCGACGGUGUCUUGUGCCCAAGAAUGCUAAAGUGGAAGGACACUUCAAAGAUACAUGGAGAUUCUCUCUUUUUCACUUGCUGAGAAAAACUAUCAUCAAAGUAUCAUGGCAAAUCAACAAAAGACAUUGCUGUGAAACUUCGGGAAAACAAUGCUGCAGGAAAGACUGCCUUAAGCUUUUGAAGUUUCUUCUGGAGCAGCUUAAAACAAAACAUAAUGAACUGAACAAAUUCUGUUCUUACCAUGCCAAAACUGCCUUUUUCCAUACAUGUACCAUGUGGCCCACUGAUGAAGAAUGGCAGCCUAAACAUUUGGAAGAAUGUUUUGAAAGACUUUUGGGUUACUUUGUAGACUGCCUCAAAAAGGCUGAGCUGAAACAUUUUUUUAUUCCUGAAUGCAACUUGUUCGGCCCUGAUUUCAAAUGUAGUAAACUUGUCGAAGCAAUUGAAAGAGAACGAGAUAGAUUCCCAAUAUUGAGAUCCACAGGUGUGGCUACCAGGGGGCUGGUGUGUGCGCGUUACACUGGGCACACGCCUGCAGGAGGGUGCAAAAAAUUCAGGUUGGUUUGUAUUUUUUGUGUGUUUUGUUGUGUUUUUUCAGUU